AUGAGGUUAAAAGAACUUUGAGCAGUAGAAGCAGCACUGCAGCCCUGCGUUGGCUAGCUGAUGGCUGUGCAGAUGGAAGAGCAGCUGAGCAAGGUCCUAGAGGGACAGUGCUUGUCUCUUGCCUCACCUGUCCAUGCUGGAAAGUUCUAGAGCUUCAUGGGGUUAAAUCUCCAGCCCCUUGGAGGAGGGGAUCUCAUGUGUCCUUGGCUUUGCGUCUCUCCUGUAGCUCCUAAGUGACUCUGGCUUAACCCCAGACUCCCUGAUUUGCCUGCCGGUGUGAAUUUUGCCAGGUCAGCACAACCCAAACAGAAGUCACACCACUCCCUCCAAGCCCUACAACUGUCUCAGCCGAGUGAAUUCCGGCAGGUUUGAUUUGUGACACUCUCAGUUCUCCCAUAUUUCACUUUUGUUAGCCUCGGUACCAUGAGCCACCCUUACCUGAUGAGCUCCUUCACAACUCAGUAGCUCAGUCCAUGAGAACGCCACGGUAAUGGAGAUGCUUCCUGUCUGUCCAGUGUGAUGGCUGCCACCACAUAGAGCUCCCGAGCAUUUGAAGUGGGAAUAGUGCAGCUGAGGAAAUAGAAUUCUGAUCUGUUGAAUCUUAAUCGCAGUUCCUCAGUUACCUGCAGGGGGCUAGGUCCAGGAACCCCCACAUGUACCUAAAUGUAAGGAUGCUCAGGUCCCUGACAUAAAAUGGUAUAGUGUAAUCUAUGCACAUGCUACUGUAUACUUAACAAUUUUUUUUUUUCAAAUGUUUGUUUUCAUCUAUUUGGAAGACAGAGUGACAGGGAGAGAGAUCUUCUAUCCACAGAUUCACUCUCUCCAAAUGCCUGCAACAGCCAGGACUGGGUCACACUAAAGCCAGAAGCCUGGAACUCCAUCUGGGUCUCCUGUGUGGCUGCUAGGGCCCAAGCACUUGAGCCAUCAUUGCAUUAGCGAGCAGCUGGAUCUGAAGCAGAGGAGCUGGGACUGGAACGAGGCAUUCUAAGCUGGGAAUGCAGGCACCAGAGUCAGCUAAUCUGCUGCACCUCAGUGCCUUCCCCUCUUGGUUGCUUGUGAUACAUAACAUAACAUCUGUGCUAUGUAAAUAGUUAUACUGUGUUUUGAGAAUGACAAGAACAAUUUUUGUGCGUGCUCAGUACAGAAGCAAUUUUUUGUGAAAAAUUUUUUUAAAGAUUUAUUUAUUUGAAAGAGUUACACAGAGAGAGGAGAGGCACAGAGAGAGGUCCUCUAUCCCAUAGUUCACUCGCCAGAUGGCCACAACGGCCGGAGCUGUGCCGAUCUAAAGCCAGGAACCAGGAGCUUCUUCCUGGUCUCCCAAGUGGGUGCAGGGGCCCAAGGACUUGGACCAUCUUCUACUGCUUUCCUGGGCCAUAGCAGAGAGCUGGACAGGAAGUGAAGCAGCCGGGUCUCGAACUGGCUCCCAUAUGGGAUGCCAGCGCUUCAGGCCAGGGCGUUAACCCACUGCGCCACAGUGCCGGCCCCGUAAAUAUUUUUUAUCUGCAGUGACUUGAACUUGGGUAUAGAACCUGAGCUGCCUGAACGUGUUUUGAAUUUAAGUGGCCGGAUAGCUAGUGGCUGCCACUGGACGUUGCAGCAAGGCUGUUCAGCACCCCACCACCCACCCUGUGGACACUUUGUUUACUGGCAUCAUGUUCUGGCAUUUUCUGUUUCUCUUUGCAGCUGAGGGUCCGCCCCUCUUUCCUAAACAUAAACUGCACAAGAGACUUGCUCCAUUGCUUUGCCCACCAUUGCGUCACCCUGUCCUGGCCAGCUUUGCGGGGCGAGAACCACUGUCUCUGAUCAACCUGCGGAAGAGGAACGUGGAGUCUGGAGAAGAAGAACUGGCGUCCAGGCUGGACCACUACAAAGCCAAGGCCACGCGGCACAUCUUCCUCAUCAGGCAUUCUCAGUAUCAUGUAGACGGCUCCCUGGAAAAGGACCGCACUCUGACCGCGCUGGGUCGUGAACAAGCUGAACUAACUGGGCUCCGACUGGCCAGCUUGGGGCUGAAGUUUAAUAAAAUUGUCCACUCCUCCAUGACUCGGGCGAUAGAAACCACGGAGAUCAUCAGUAAGCACCUGCCAGGCGUCUGCAGGGUCAGCACAGACCUGCUUCGGGAAGGCGCCCCCAUCGAGCCCGACCCACCCGUGUCUCACUGGAAGCCAGAAGCUGUGCAGUAUUAUGAGGACGGAGCCCGGAUUGAGGCUGCGUUCCGGAACUACAUCCACCGGGCAGACGCCAGGCAGGAAGAGGACAGUUACGAGAUCUUUGUCUGUCACGCGAACGUCAUCCGCUAUAUCGUGUGCAGGGCGCUGCAGUUCCCUCCUGAAGGCUGGCUCCGGCUCUCCCUCAACAACGGCAGCAUCACCCACCUGGUGAUCCGACCCAAUGGCCGGGUAGCGCUCAGGACCCUUGGGGACACAGGGUUCAUGCCUCCUGACAAGAUCACCCGGUCCUGAGGGCUGCCCGGGGACUGUGCCCUUCUUAGCUGCGGCUGGCACUGGCCUUCCCUGCCCCGUCUUCCUGCACAGACUGUGACGCAGUUUCAUUUUGUUUCUUGAGGAAAAGGCUGGCAGAAAAGUAGGAAAUGCGGUUUGGUGCUUCUGGCCCAAGCUGAAGGGCAGGCUUGGGAUCAGAGCUCGACGGCCUCUUCUCAGCGGACAGCGGACUGACGCGGCCACUUCUGGACUGCGGCACAUCUGUACCCAGGGCCCGGCUCCACCGGCUGCCAGGCAGAGGGAAAGCAGUGCCCGAGGCUCCUUGCAUUUCUUAAGACCUUUUUGUCACUAAAGUAUUUGUCAGUCACAGAUUGUCCUCUCCUGGCUUCUUGCGUUGAAAACCAGUUUCUCACUGCACAGUUGCAGACCCCUGAGGCUCUGUGCUCCUCUAGUUAGGCCUUUCAGGUUCAGCACUCAGCAGCUACAGUGAGGCCUGUGCAGCGAGGGAGGAACGGAGUCGGUGGAGGGGACGGGCCCAUUGACUCUCUUGCCGGUUUCUGAGGGCCAGGUGGGUGCCAGUCCUGUACAGAUUACCCAGUUUCAGUGAAAUGCUUCUGAUUAUCUUCACUUUCAUGUGUAUGGACUCAAGUAUGUGGAUAUGAUCUGUCUAUACUAGAUGUUGUCAAUUUCUCUGAAGUGGUCAUGAGUGUUUUCCCCAAUCAAUACAACUAAUUGGGAUAUCUGACUCAUUUCUCUGCUUUGGAAAUAACUACGUAAUAAAAUCUGA